AAGUUGAGGUAUGCCCAGGAUCUAAAGAGAUAGAGAGUAGUGGACGAACGAUGUCUGCGACAACAACACCAUCUCUCUCUCUUUCAAAUUUCAGACCAAGAUUCCAAAGUCCAGCAAAAACCCACCAGUUAUCUCCACUCUCCUGGUCUGUCUCAAGGAGAAAGAUCUUAUCUUCUAACAGACAACAAGCACCUAGUGUUCUUCUUCUUAAUCAGGAAAAAAUCCAACUAUGGAGAUUCUCUGCAACUCCAGAGGAAAUUUCCCAGGAGAUCGUUUCUUCUGAUUCUUCUUCUUCUGAAGCCAUUGUGUCUAGUGGUGGUCAAGACGUUUUUGCUUUGAUUAUUCAAGUGCUUCUCAUUGUCGCUUUUCUUGCUCUCACUGUUCUCACCAUUGGUGUUGUGUACAUCGGAGUGACUGAAUUUCUAGGGAAGAGGGAGAGAGAGAAGUUUGAGAAAGAAGAGGCAGCAAAGAGAUCUAAGAAAAGUGGAAAGAAGAAAGCAACGAGAGCCAAAGCUGGACCAAGAGGUUUCGGUCAGAAGAUUGAAGAUGACGACAUUGACAUUGAUCUUGAAUGAUUUUUUAUUUCCAUUGUUAGAGAGACGAGUCCGAUUAUAGUUGUAAUGCUCUGCGAUCUAAUCAAAUGUUUCUUGCGUAA